AUGCACAUAGUGAUCCCCUUGUCAAACCUCCCGCGCCACUGCUCCCAUUCCCCGCAGCAAGAUGCGGCGCUGGUGGAGGCGCUGCUGCAGGAGGGUCAGGCCCACCUGUUUGAGGGGUGGCCGCCGGCGGGCGAGCGGGACCAGGCCAAGCGCCGCCUGCUGGCCCAGCUCCGCCACCUGGACAAGAGCUAUGCGGGGGGGCUGCGCAAGUACAUCCAGAACGCCCGCCAGCUGCUGCACGACUCCAAGGAGGGCGUGAACCCUUUCGAGGGGUGCGUGCCGUCGGUGCCCGAGGGUGAGAGGCUCGACUUUGGCAGCCAGCGGUUCCGGGAGCUGGAGCGCGCGGGCGUGGCAGCCGCCGCCAACGCCGCCUUUGUGCUGGUGGCGGGCGGCCUGGGGGAGCGGCUGGGGUACAGCGGCAUCAAGGUGGCGCUGCCUGUGGAGAGCGCCAGCGGGCAGUGCUUCCUGGAGCUGUACGUCAAGCACAUCCUGGCGCUGGGGGCUAAGGGCGGCCGCGCUCUGCCUUUGGCCAUCAUGACGUCAGACGACACACACACCCGCACGCUGGCCCUGCUGGAGAAGCACGCCUACUGGGGCGCCGCGCCCGGCCAGGUCACGCUCAUCAAGCAGGAGAAGGUGGCGUGCCUGGCGGACAACGAUGCCCACCUGGCGCUGCUGGAGAAGGACGGCGGGUUUGAGGUGCAGACCAAGCCGCACGGCCACGGCGACGUGCACAUGCUGCUGCACUCCACGGGGCUGGCUGACAAGUGGCUGGCCGAGGGCUUCAAGUGGGUCUGCUUCUUCCAAGACACAAACGGGCUGGUGUUCCGCGCACUGCCGGCCGCCAUCGGCGUGAGCGAGGCCCAUGACUUCGACGUCAACUCCCUGGCUGUGCCCCGCAAGGCCAAGGAAGCCAUCGGCGCCAUCACCAAGCUCACCUACCCAGACGGCAGGCACAUCACCAUCAACGUGGAGUACAACCAGCUGGACCCGCUGCUGAGGGCCACCAUCAACCCGCAGGGCGACGUCAACGACAGCACCAACUUCUCGCCCUUCCCGGGCAACAUCAACCAGCUGGUGCUGAAGCUGAGCACCUACUGCGCGGAGCUGCACCGCCACGGCGGCGUGAUUGCCGAGUUUGUCAACCCCAAGUAUGCAGAUGCCAGCAAGACCGCCUUCAAGAGCAGCACGCGGCUGGAGUGCAUGAUGCAGGACUUCCCCAAGAGCCUGCCCGAGGGCAGCCGCGUGGGGUUCACCGUGGUCAACCAGGUGUGGGCAGCGUACAGCCCCGUUAAGAACUCGCCCGCCGAUGCGGCGUCCAAGGCCGCCAGCGGCAACCCCAGCCACAGCGCCACCAGCGGGGAGCUGGACUGGUACCAGACCAGCUGCAAGAUGCUGCAAGCUCUGGGCGCGCGCGUGGAUGGCCCGCUGCCCGCCCAGUUCAACGGGCUGACGGAGCUGGAGCUGUGGCCGCGCGUCACCUGGUCCCCGCUCUUUGCCUGCUGCUGGGACGACCUGGAGGAGAAGGUCGCGGCGGCCUCGGUGCACGUCGGCAGCGACACGGCGCUGGUGAUCGAGGCGCCGCAGGCACGCAUCCGGUCGCUCGACCUGCGGCGCGGCGUGCUGGUCAUUCGCGGCAGCGGCGGGGCAGCAGCAGCGGCAGCGGCCGGGGGGGAGGCAGCGGCGGAGGCGGCAGGUGGGGCGGCGGCGGGGGAGCGGGAGGUGGUGGUGGAGGACGUUACGGUGGACAACGAGGGGUGGGAGUGGAGGGCACUGUCGCCCGACGAGGGUGCUGCGGAGGAGGAGUACAUCCGAGGGUUCAGGGUGGUGCGCAAAGGGCAGAUGGAGCUGCCCUGA